AUGGCUACCAACACCACCAUCGACAUCAUCGGCCACGCCACCCUCCGCUUCGCCAGCGGCACAGAAAUCCUGUUCGAGUACGAGUUCAAGAACCCGGCUCUCCUCUUCCUCGCCUGCACAGUGGAGCAGUCUCUCGCGGCCGUCGCCCGCAAGAACGCGCCACCGAACAACCGGCAGCUCGCCAUCACCGGUGAUGCGAUCGCGCGCGCAGUGCUCAGCACCAAAUGGAUUGAGGGAGGCGGCAGCACUCUCCAAUGGGAAUCCAUCCACGGACGUGGCAUCGCCACAAACCGGUACCUGGCCCAUAUGGCCGAAAUCAAGGGGGUGAUGGAGAACCUCGCGAUGCUGAACGGGUGCUCUGCCGCUGGCAUCCCCAUCCACCACACCAUCAAGGCAACCAUGGUGGAAGCGAUUUUCGGAGCCGUUUGGCUCGACUCGAAGGAUUUGGGGGUCGUGGAGGAGGUGAUGCGGCUUCUCGGAGUGUUUUGGCCGGUGGAUGCGGAGGUGGAGAGGAUGCUUCUGGUGUUUCUUGGGGAGCUGCGGCAAUUGGGGGUUUUGGGUGGUGUUUAG